CAUCAACGAAAAAAAAUGUCUUGUUUUUGUCAAAAGAUUUAAUCAUAAACCAUCAAAUUUUUUUUAUCCAUUUCAUAAUUUAAUUAUAAUUUUAAUUAUUUUAUUUAACAUUUUUGAUUUUCGAGAACAUUUUUAUAUAUGAUGGAUCCAUCAAUGAAUCCGAUUGAAAAUCUUCAUCAAAACAAUAAUAGUGUUGAUGUAUUUUUCGAUUCAAUUAAUCAGAUGUCUAAUCUAUUGAAUACUGGAUUAAGUGAAGAACAAUUAUCGAUUGUAAUUGAAUUAUUAAAUUAUGGUGUAAACGCUGAACAAUUGGCUCGAUUAAUUAUACAAUUAAGAAAUAAGGCACAACAUGAUCAUCAAAUGAUUAAUUUUAUGUUUGAUAAUAUUAACUAAAUCAAUGUAUAUUGUCAUAAUUAAUUGUAUAAAUCUUUUCUGACAAAGUCAUUAUUUUUCUUAUUUGAAUUUAAAAUAAUAUUUCCAUUCAAUUAAAUAAAAUUCAUUAAAAUAAUCAGAUCUUUUCUUGUUUUC